UUUAUAUUUUCAUUUUUAUUAUCGUCACGCCUAUAUUUACGUCCCCACGAACUGCUGGGCAAACUUCUAUCUUCAGUACCUGAUAGUGAAUCAUUAGAAUCAUUGGUAGCAUUAUUAGCUGAAUGGACAAAUAAGUUUCCCUACGAUUAUCGAGAUGAACGCAUGAUGAGUCAUGUUAAACAUAUCGUUGCCAGAUGUUCCAAUACACGUUUAGAAGCCAUUGUUUCGGAAAUAUUGAGUGCCUUGUUAAAACGUUUGACUGAUUUGGAAAAGCAUGAAGAAGAAUUGAGAGCAUGCCAAACAACUAAUGUCAGCACAGCUGCCGAUAAGUCUGAUUCGAAUCUAUUUAGCUGUCCUACUUCUACCCAAUAUGCUCAAAUUUUAUGCCGCAUUGAAAAGAAACUAGCCAAACAUAUUGGACCAGAAGAGUUUGUACAAUGCAGCAGCAAUGUUCUGUUGGAUAAACAGAAAAAAUGGGACCAACCAUCAUCGUCUGGUGGACCACCAGGUGCACAAGAUCCCAAAAAGACAUGCAACUUGGAGACAUAUCUUGAUUGGUCAGCACGUUUACGUCUGUUUGUGUGCAACGAAAUAUUACAGUGCAGUGGCAUUCACGAACGCAGUAAAUGUGUUGAACUAUGGAGUGGUGUUGCUCAAUAUUGUCUCUUGGUGGGAAAUUAUAAUAGUGCCACAGCUAUAUUGGAAACACUGGAAUCACCGCCAAUAGCACGUCUAAAAAUAACGGUAAGUAGGGCAUAA